AUGCGCGUGAGUAGCAAGCCACGCGCAUUACAGGCCCCACCUGCGAUGGUCACUUGCGGCGCCAGCUUUGCUGGCAUUCCGCGCGCGAAACCUGCGCACGCUAUGCUGGCGUUUCGCGCGCGGAACUUGCGCCAAGUAUGCUGGCGUUUCGCGCGCGGAACUUGCGCCAAGUUUGCUGGCGUUUUCGCGCGCGGAACUUUCGCCAAGUAUGCUGGCGUUUCGCGCGCGGAACUUGCGCCAAGUAUGCUGGCGUUUCGCGCGCGGAACUUGCGCCAAGUAUGCUGGCGUUUCGCGCGCGGAACUUGCGCCAAGUAUGCUGGCGUUUCGCGCGCGGAACUUGCGCCAGCUAUGCUGGCAUUCCGCACGUGCCUGCACAGCACGCGUCAGACGCGCUCAGCAGAUCAGCGCGCGCUAGCGAAAGGCGCGCAGCAAAGCGGCACGCGCCUUCUUAGCCGCGCCGCCAGCACAUCUAGCGCCUGUGACGCUCGCGCGCCAGCAAACAGCACGCGGUUCCAGACACUCGCGCGCCAGAGAAAUGCCAUGAGUUCAACUGCGCCCUCCCUUCCCCCAAUUCCUUUCCCAUUUCCCCUUGUUUUCCCCUUUUGCUUCCCCUGCUUUUCCCCCCUUCACCCUCUUUUCCCCCCUGCGUCCCUUCCUUUCUCCCCAUGCAUCCACCCCUUUCCCCCUUUGCUUCCCCUCCUUUUCCCCCCACCAUCCCCUCAUUUUCCCCCGUGUUUCCCCUCCAUUCCCCCUGGCCGCUCCUUUUUCCCCUUGCUUCCCCUCCUUUCCCCCCCUUGCAUCCUCUCCGUUCCGCCACUGCAUCCCUUUCUCCGUUCCCUUGCUUCCCCUCCUUUCUGCCCCUUUUUCCCCUCCUUUACGCCCCUGCCCCUCCUUUUCCCCCUUGCUUCCCCUCCUUUCUCCCCCUGCAUCCCCUCCUCCGUUCCCCCACUUCUUCCCCUCCUUUCCCCCUCUUGCAUUCCCUCCUUUUCCCCCAUGUUUCCCCUUCUUUCCGCCCCUGCAUCCCCUACUUUCUCUCCCUUCUUCCCCUCCUUUCCCCCCCUGCAUCCCUGCCUUUCCCCCUCCGCUUCCCUUCCUUUCCCCACCUGCAUACUUUUCCUCCCUGCUCCCCCUCUUUUUCCCCCCUGCUUCACUUCCUUUCCCCUCCGUGCUUCCCGUCCUUUCCCCCCCUGCAUCCCCUCCCUAUGCUCCCUUCCCUUGCUUACCCUCCCUCCCCCUACACACAGCUUCCACUUUCCACCUCCAGUACCGUACUACCAACGCGCUGCUCGCCCCAUCUCCGCCUCAUCCCAUCUCCGCCUCAUCCCAUCUCCGCCUCAUCCCAUCUCCGCCUCAUCCCAUCUCCGCCUCAUCCCAUCUCCGCCUCAUCCCAUCUCCGCCUCAUCCCAUCUCCGCCUCAUCCCAUCUCCGCCUCAUCCCAUCUCCGCCUCAUCCCAUCUCCGCCUCAUCCCAUCUCUGCCUCAUCCCAUCUCUGCCUCAUCCCAUCUCUGCCUCAUCCUAUCUCUGCCUCAUCCUAUCUCUGUCAGCCCGCACAGUCUUACUCACCUUCGAUUGUCACUCCCUCUUUUCCCUCCCUCCCCUUCCCUUCCAAGGCAGAGUGGUCAGUGCACCGCUGCUCACAGCAGCACUCCUCACUUCCAUGCUUACAUGCUCUCCCCAUUUUUCUCCCUGCGCGGGCGUCAUGUUUACCCCCAAGCUUUGCUCCCAUGCUUCCCCCAAGCUAUCCCGAGGUGA